AAUAUUUUCAUCUGAUCUGUUUAUAGAGUCUUUUAUGGUUCCUUAGAGUCUGUGAUACUGCAAACAUCUGCUUGUAGUCAGUCAGAGACUUCUCUGUGGGUUGAGGUCACAGGUCAAACGCGUCUCCUAUGUCCGAGGGUUGACCUGGCAGGAUCUCUUUGAGACAAGCAGAUCAUUGUCUUGCAUCGGUUAUUGAUUAUACGCGGGCUUUCUGGAAGCCCGCCUCUCCUCAUGUUGGUUAGAUGUUUUGUGUCUUUUGGUUCAGAGAUCGCUGGUGGAGCACUGGGCAUGUGUGAAACUUAGAUGAUCUCCCCGGCCGUAUGUAAUUAAUGUACUGUGAUCAAUAAAACUCUUCAGUGCUUUUGGCUAACAACGGUUCCAGACUCCUUCAUUCUACCUCAACAUUGCAACAACAGAAGUUUACCUUCACAUUUUGGCGUCUACGAAUAGGAUGCCGAGAUUUCUUCAGAAGGCUGAUUCUUUGUCUCCCAGGUGGAAAGGUCCUUUCCAGGUAUUAAUAGUGACCAGAACAGCCCUGAGAGUACAAGGUAGAGCGGAGUGGAUUCACGCUUCAAGAUGUCGUCUCUCUCCUCUACUGGAUGCUGGCGUGUGAAGGCAGUCACCAUCAUCGUUAUUCUGGGUUUACUGUACCUGGCCAAGAACGCCCUGCUAGAUGAAGCUGUGACAAUCCCAACGACAGGUGGCGAGGGACCUCGCCCAUCUGAGGGAGAAAAUAAGGUGCUCUUAUCUAAGAGCGCAGACGACUUGACCACUCAGGGUCCAGACCCUGAGGGCAAAACAACACCAACGGGCAAAGAAGUGCCUAGCGACAAGGACAGGUUGUAUCCAAACACCACACAGACACUCAGUAUGGUGCAAGAGACACAAAGAGAGAGAAAAGGAGGGAGAAUAAGGAGGAUUGUCUCCCUCCCUGAUCAUAAGUCAGAGACUAUUGCCGUUAACUGCCCAAGUUCAAUAUGUGACUCAUCUAACUGUAUUAUUGUGUUUCCUGUGUUCUCAGUUUACUCAACAUGGGAGUUAUAUCCAGAAAACCAGUACUCUUGGUUCAGGGUCGCACCAGAGGGGGUAAGGAUGGUUCUUAACACCAUCGAAGAAAUGCCCCCAGAACUGUGGUGUAGCACGAUAGAACGGUUCGAGGCACUGAUAAGGAAGGAGGUAAAAUGUACAGUGCGGAAGCCAGAUUACCGCAUUCCCAAUCUAGGUGAUACUGCAUGCACAGUUACUGGACCAAAUAGCAAAACAAAUGUUCCAUCUACUCCACUUAAACAAUCAGGAGGCGAGGUAGAUUCUUCAAAAAAGGCCUUAAUUACUCCUUAUAAACAAACUAAAACUAAUUCUGCAGUAAGUUUAAUGUUAGACUAUGCACAUGAACGUAAUGUUAGCAACUGUUGGUUGUGCCAAAAUAUGCCAGAAUCAAUGCAUUCUCCUAUGUUUAGCCCAAUUCCUUUCACAAAAGCUGAUUACGGUUUAGUAAACUGGAAUGACAUAGCAUCUAGAAUUAGCGAUGAGGCUGGGGAUUGUUACACUCCUUCCUACCCAAUAGACUCUGAAAAACCUUUACAGUACAAGGGCUUAGUCUCUCUCAUUGUUGAUACAGUAAAUAAAGAUUACCUGCCUGACGGUUUCAAACGGUUGACGUUUUUAAAAUUAAUAUAUAUGAAGAAAUACGUUAACCUAGCUUUUGAAUAUAGAUUCCAGUUAGCUCUAGCUCAGACUAAUUGUUCAGCUAACUUUACAAGUCCAACAUGUACAAUGCAACCACACACACCCGCUUUGUUAGUGGAAGCGUUGGUAACAGUUGUGCCCUGGUUCGGCUCUAGGACAGUGGACUCCGUUGAGGUUAAAAUACAUGACUGUACGCAGCCAAUACCCUUAGGCAAGCCCCCUACACGUGACUGCUCAGUAUAUGUCCCCCCAAUUGUUGUACAUGAAUGGAAGAAUGUGUCCAUCUGUUUCCAGAAUGCAGUAGGAUCUCACACCUCUCCUGAUGUGGGACACAGCGACUGUAAUGCCAUAGUGAGAGUACAUAUAGCCAGAAUUCCCCUCCCACAGAGAGUUUACUUAGUUUGUGGGGACCGGGCCUAUGGAUGUGUGCCAUAUGAUGUUUUUUAUGGUAUCUGUUAUCUAGCAUACCUAAUCCCUUUAAUCCGUAAAGUAGAGGCUACUGAGAUUGCAGCAAUACUUCCCUCUCUACACAGGAACAGCAGGUCAAUUACACAAGGACAACAGAUAGCUAGCCUAUUCUUGCCUUGGUACGGUAUUUAUGUUACUCAGCAGGAAAUUGUCGCAUUGUCUAAAGUGGUGGAACAUCAUUUAAAUGUAUCCAACACAGCGAUGUUAGCUGAACACAAAGAAUUGCAGGAAGUUAGGACAGUAGCACUACAGAAUCGUAUGGCGCUUGACCUCCUCUUAGCGGCCCAAGGAGGAACAUGCAAGGUGAUAGGAAGUGAGUGCUGUUCUUUCAUAUCUGAUGCCACACCUGAAGUUAUGGACAUGGCUCAUGAUACUGCCAGGGGAAUAAAAGAAUUGCAUGAAACUCAUGGGUUUACAUUUGGGGAAUUAAGUGGAACUUUUGGAUCUUGGGGAGCGGGGCUGGUUAAAUUUGUUGUUACUGUUUCAGUGUUUAUCUUGGUUGUGCUAAUCCUAGUGAUCUGUUUGAUCACUGUGGUUAAAUUAGCCAUACGAAGGGUUGCCAAGACUGCCCUCCAGGCCCCACAAAGGCUAGUUGGACAUUCGACUGUACAGGACACAAUAUUAAUGUACAAUGCCGAGCUUCCGGACCCCUGGGUCUCCAUCGUGAUCUCCGACCCGUGGGUACCUCCAUUCAACGAUUGAGAUGUUGUUUAAAGUUGAUAUUCUGAAUAAAGAACAGA